AUGAUUCUUUGCAUGAAGAGAAACAAAAUCAAAAUCAAGAAAAGCCUUCAAAGCCCUCACCCUCCCCCGAACAAAAGACUACAAAGCCAGAAAUUAAGUGCUACAAAUGUGGUAAACCAGGAAACAUGUCGUUUAACUGUGGUAAGGGUCGUGAGAAGCCCUCACAGGGUACCUGUUGUGCAUGACACCUCUAACGACAGAACAAUCUGAGUUUCCUCCCUGCAAUGUUCGAAAUAAAAUAAAUGGAAAGUUUGCAGAAAUGGUCGUUGAUUCUGGGUGUUCUAGGACUCUGGUUCACAGCAAAUAUGUAAACAGCUCAGCCUUGACUGGUGACAAAAUCACAGUAUUAACAGCUGCCGGAGAACGUCUUACAGUUCCCCUUGCAAAUGUUGAAUUUGAUAGUAACGAAGGUAAACAUGUAGAAUUAGUUGGAGUUUUGGACAAGCUACCUGUAGAUUGUUUACUUGGCAGGUCCUCCUUUGGAAAGACGCUUUCGAGGCAAAAUAUUUUGGACCAAUGGGAGGAAAACGUUUCGGCAGCCGAUGCUGGUAGACAAGAGGCCUUCGUAGUGACUCGAAGACAGAGAGCAUUAGAAGAAGCCCAGUUGAAGAGCAGAUGA